AUGCCAGUUCAGGCAAUAAGAGGGUUGCCGGACUCUGAGCAUGAGGCUGCCUUUGCGGCGGCAUCGGUCGAGGUUGGAGGCAACCGCAGGUGGCGGCAGAGGAAACCCAGUAUUUGUAGCAAGGAGUUGGCUCUACACUCCCUGGGCGGGGCUUCCCAACGCACCUCAAGCAAGGAGGUCAUGGCAAAAACUAGCACCCGUGCAGACAUACUGAUCAAGACUGGCUGCGUGGAGUCAGAUUCGGAAGGGGAAGACUCACCCACAAGCCAGCCAAAAGAGCCUCCCGGCAAUUGCAAAGCCAAGUGGGACUACAUCAUUGGAGUCUUGCAGAAGUACUCUGUGCCCCUAGUCCUGGGUGUGCUUCUUGCUUUGCUGUGGUGCAAUGUGGAUGAGCAGAGCUACAAGCAGAUGAUCCACUGGAUGCCGAUAUCAGGCUUCACCAUAAACGGCUACAACGUGGACCUGCACUUCGUAGUGAAUGAUGUCUUCAUGUGCUUCUUCUUUGGCUUGGCAAUUAAGGAGGUGACUGAAGCCUUGCUGCCUGGAGGGUCGCUAUCGCCAAUCUCACGUGCGUUGAACCCUCUUCUGGCUACGUUUGGUGGUGUUGUGGGCCCAGCCCUUUUCUACCUCCUCUUCGCAACGACUUUCCACGCGGCAGGUGUUCUGGACGACCCUAUGUGCCUGCCAGACGAUUACCAUGAGAACCACGAACAUGGUGAACACAGGAGGCUAGCUGGAGAUGGCGGCAGCCCGCCGGCAAGUGCAUACACAGCCAAGUGUAGCCUUGAAGCUGUCUUCAAGGGCUGGGGCAUUCCGACUGCGACGGACAUUUCGCUGGCCUGGAUGUUCGCCCUCCUGAUCUUUGGCCCAGGGCAUGCCGCAAUCAAUUUUUUGCUGCUGCUUGCCAUACUGGAUGAUGCGCUGGGGAUGAUUAUCAUUGCAGCCUUCUACCCCGACCCGGAUGCGCCGGUGGAGCCCAUUUGGCUCCUUCUGGUGCUGGGCGCCAUGCUGGUGGCCUUCGUGCUGCGCAAGGCCAUGGUAAGCCGCUGGCAGUUCUAUAUCGUCCUGGCUGCACCCCUCUCAUGGAUCGGGCUGUUCAAAGCUCAUGUGCACCCAGCCUUGUCGCUAGUCUUCGUGGUGCCCUUCAUGCCGGCAACGCAUGCCAUUGAAGCUCGAGGGCCCCAUGAGCUAGGUCGCGUCUCGCACUCGCCAACCGAACAGGACGAUGACUCUGUCCGAAAGCGUUCAUCCAUGGCAUCCGUGGCAUCUAUGCGAUCAUCUGUGUCCCUUUCGCUGCGAGACGCGUAUGUUGUAGCAUCGAAAAGCUUGAAGAACAUUUUCGGCAGAGAGGAGAUGGCGCCGUUGCAUGUUUUCGAACACACGCUGAAGAUUCCGGUCGAUUUCGGCAUGUUCUUCUUUGGCCUUGCCAAUGCUGGCGUCAAGUUGGACUCAAUUGGAGGUGUUACAGCCUGCGUUGGGCUGGCACUUCUUGUUGGAAAGACUGUGGGCAUUGUAAGCAUGAGCGUGCUUGGGUCAUGCAUAGGUGCACCUUUGCCGAAGGGUUUGGGUAUGGCGGACCUUGUCGCCACUGCAGCGCUGGGAGGGGUUGGUCUCACAGUCGCCCUCUUUGUCGCCAACGAGGCAUUUGUCCAGCCGGAGAUGCAGGGGCAGGCAAAGAUGGGUGCAGUCUUGUCCACUGGCUGUGGAGCUAUCGCGUGGCUCACCAAGGUGGUCUUUACGGGUCGGAGCGUGUCCACGCCAGAGCAUGACGAAGGUGUGACAGAAGACUCCUCAAAGAUCGAUAGGGAUGUCGAGGUUUUAUUCUGCAAGAGUGCCGAACUUCGGCGGAUGAGCACGGACAACUCCCAAAGCAGCAAUGUGCCUGAGACAAGCUGCAACGAAACCGAUGUGUGCCUGGCAUCAGCUACUAGCUCACGUUCGCUACCCGACAUGCUCGAUGAGCUCCCGACUUGCCAGGUUUCGGGACAAGGCGAAGGAAUGCUGGCCUGA